UUUAUAUUAUUUUUCUAGAUGAAACAGAUAUUCGGCAAUUUAUUGUCUCGAUACGUACCAGUCUGGAAUCAAGAUAACCCGACCUUGGCGAACACCGUGCUGGGCCUGAUACAGAACACCGGAAUAUGGCAUUAUCAAAGCUUAGGUCUACAUUGGGUCGCCAAAUUCGCUAUUAUCUGCUUCAUAUCCACGAAUUUAACACAAAUCGUAACUCUGGUACUAGAAAGGGAGGACUCUACGCGAAUGUUCGAGACUUUCAGCGUCCUCUCCUUCUGCGGCAUGGGCACUUUAAAACUGUUCAACUUAUAUACUAACAGAAAACGUUGGACUUCUAUAAUCUCGCAAGUAAAAUGUUUAGAACACCAACAGUUGCAUGAAAACCUUUUAUCCUACACGGAUCGUGACAUCGAAGAAGAUUAUUCCCCUCAAAUAAUCGCAAAAUACACGCAAAGACACACGUCUAUAUCAUCUAUCCUUUUGAUUCUGUACAGUAUUACUGCAAUUGUAUUCAUAGCGACCCCAUUCGUCGAAUACGCGGUGACUGCUGACGCUAGCUACUACCCCCACAUUUUACCAGGCUGGGCGCCAUUGGAGAACGUAGGUUUUGAAGGAUACUUUUUGACUUUAAUCUUCGAGAUUGUAGCAUCUAUUUACUGCGUGUUCGUUCAUGUGGCGUUCGACUGUACUUCGGUCGGGAUUAUGAUCUUCAUAUGUGGGCAGUUUUCGUUGCUCCGUCGGAAGACUGAGGACAUUGCUUGUAGCGGCAAGGAUUGCAUGCCGAGUGCGGCGCGAGAUGCCCGAGCUCAUCUCAGGAUUAUUGAAAGCCACGGCACGCAUACCGCGCUUUGCACCAUCAGUAAGGAUCUGGAUACAGUGCUGCGGGGCAUACUCGGGGUUUACUUCCUGGUUGCCACCCUGACCGUGUGUUCAGUGGCCGUAAGACUCAGCUCCGAAACUCUCAGCUUCAUGCAACUCGUGUCCCUCCUGCAAUACAUGGCCGGCACCCUGACGCAGCUGUUCCUGUUCUGCCGAUACGGGGAUGCCGUCUUUCACGAGAGCUCUUUCAACAUGGGUGAGGGUCCCUUCGGCGCAGCAUGGUGGUCGCUGUGUCCGCGCAUGCGCCGGCAGCUCGCCAUGCUCGGCGCCGGUAUGAUGCAGCCGCGGACCCUGCACGCAGGGCCUUUCAACAAGCUCGAUCUGCCCUCCUUCGUUCAGAUCGUGCGAGCUGCUUACAGUUACUACGCCGUAUUGGGAAAAGCUUCUAAGUGA